UCUGCCUGACACAAACUAUUUUUUACUGGUGCCUCUGCUGCAAGUUGUCCUAGACGCUGCUGUCCCCAGCCUAUCUUUGGACUCCAUUUCUGCUGUUCUGGCUGAAGAGUUUAUCACAUUCAUGAACCUUCGACCUCAGUUAAUGAGACUCUCCUCCACCAAGGAUUCCGCCAGUGCCAAUAUAUUGGAGGAAGCAACCUCAAUGUUAGAGCAAAAGGACAGGGACCUGGCCAACAUCAUUCGAGGCAUUUACAGUCAGACAGAGGAGCCUCAGGAACGUUUGCAGAGGGCAUUGCAGCACAUGCUUCAACCAGCCAUCAGUACCAUCUUUGUGGCUUUGCCUCCCUGGAGCUACUUGCACAGAGUACCAGUACCUCCAAGAACCAGCCCUCAGGACAGAAGACAGGCAAGAGCGGAGCGUGAGAUGCUCCAAAGGCAGCACAUGGAGAGACUGAAACAGGAAGAAAGGUUGCAAAGGUUUAGAGAAGAGGAACAAAAGAGGCAACAAGAGGGCAAACUACUACUGCUUCUGGAAGAGACUAAAGGAACCUUUGAAGCACAAAGGGUCUAUCUGGAAGAACAACUAUCACAGGAGAAACAAUUGCGCUAUGAAAUACAGAGGAAGGCAGAGGCACAGAUCAGUGGGCUGCAAGCUGAAAUCAAACGACUCAUGGAGAAGAGGCUUUCUAUUGAUGCAUACUCAGAGGGAAGCCUCAUAGCACCUGCACCUUCGCUGCAGUCCCUGACUCCAUCUCAGAUGUUGCAUCCUCAACCUUCCCCAGUACAACCACCACCUCCUACAGUUACAGAUGGCACAAACAGGACCAGGGAAAUUCAUGGCAAAGCAGCAAAAACCAUAACAUUGGAUCUACUUGAACAGCUAAUGCAGGCUGCAAACACAAUUGCUAAUGGGAGCAAUGCAGCUGAGCAGGAUUCUUUGAAUGCAGCUACCAAAGAACAUCUUCGGAACUACAACCAAGACUGCAAAAAUGCAGAGAAAACAGAGAAAGCAUUCCAGAACCCAAAAGACAACUAAGGGAAAAAUUAACUGCAGCUAUCAGAA